GUUUUGAAAUCUUACAAUAAAUUGCGAUAUACGUUAAUACCUCUAUAUUAUCUCAGCUGUCUAAACUAUCUUUAUAGAAAGAUCAAUAUUUUUAUUUGAGAAAGUUCAACCUCUCUUAAAAAUAUACGUAACAAAAUAAAUUGCAAUUCUGUGUAUUUCAAUUCGAGUAUGACAUUUUCGACCUGCUUGUUCAGCAAAGAUCGUCGAGCAUGCAGCGCGGAAUGUCUCGACGGUAUCCGAAAGAGCUAACAAUCGGGACCCGCCACCGGGGCUCUUCCGCCGAUGAAGAUCCCGGUGGCGUUUCCAGCAGGCGACGUGAAUUAUAGCGGACGGUGUGGCCAGUGCGAACCGGAUACGAUCGUCGCUGUACCCGUGCUCACGUAUCCGCGCGAGGGUGAGAGCGUAACGCGCGGGUUUGCUGGCACGAGUCGCGUGCUUCGUAAAUCACUACGGACAGUGGUACCGUCGCGUCGGUCCCUCGCGUACUCGCGCAUAUGCUUGCCGAACACGCUCGGACAAUGCGCGUUCCGCGCGAACUGCCCUGUGGUCCCUGAUGGUCUCGGUCAGAUAGCCCAAGUCCAGGAAUCCUCCCCGAAGCGGACCGCGACGCGCGAUUGCUCAUUCCGUCUGACAUCCGUAAUCCUUCGCUAGAAAGGGAGAUUAUUAGUUUCCGUUAGGGAAUAAAUAUCUUUUUUUGCUACCCUUUGGAAAGCGUAGGCUUCGAGUACGGGUUUAUCGAGCGUCUUUGACAUGUGGAAAAAACUUGAUUCGAAUAUACGUGAGGAGACCAUUUAUAAAAGCAACUGUAUUAGUAUGCUACAUUUGCAAGCGAAUGGAACUUUAGGAAUAGAAAAUACGCAACGCAUAUAUAUUUUUAGUUUUAAAUUUGCGUUGAAAAGUACUCAAGUGUAUCAACAACUGAGCUUCAGAUUGAAGCAAAGUUUUAAAUUACAUAAAGAAUAAAUUUUUGUUAUAUGCACCUUUGAAAUUUUCUCCACCGAAUGAAAUGUAAAAAUGUUUCGUUUCAAUUUUGCGAAAGCGGAAACGGUUAUAAAUCCCAUAUACUUGCAAAUUUGGUCUUACUAUUUCAGCUACUUAUUAUGGAAAUCAGAUAGAAUAUACAUUCAUAGAAACCAAGGUGCUAAAAUAUAAUUUGAAAGAGAAAUAAUUACUAAUUCAUAAAGCAAAAUUUAAGUCAGAUAAGCGAUUUGGAAGUUGAGUAAUCUAUAUAGCAAUGCGAAAGUGAUUUCAAAAAGUAAAAUGGCAGGAUCUUGUAUAAUAAAUGUAUCAGGUAUACGUUAUUUCGUAGUAUAUAAAUCAACUUUCGUUAAAUUAUCUUGCGGCUUACGUCAAAUUUGCUUUGAAGGCUUGCGAGAUGUGCGGCGGAGGAGUGUAGAGGAAGGAGAUAUGAUAAAUUGGGGAUACAAAUUGCUGGGCUCGAUUACUAUCUACAUAACUUGGUUGAUUUAUCGACAAAGGAGCAAUCUCUUGAUGUCGGGGUGAUUAUUAUAAAUUAUCCAAACAUUACGGAUAUAUUUAUCUUAGAUUUCUCUUUACUUUUCACAAUAAAUCUAACGUGAACAGAAGUAGGGAAUAAAGCUUAACAAGCGAAGUAAAAUUUCUGUAUAGAUGUAGGUCGCGAUUGAGAUCUUUCGAUUUGUCGAGCAAUGGCGAGCGACUGUCUGCAAUGUUCGCUCGCACAAUUGCCAAUGCUUUCAAACCCUGCACAUAAAAGGAAAUAAUAGCUGCAUGAAGACUGACAACUGCAGAAGUGCUGCGAUUCAAAUCGCAGUUCGAUUAGUGACGCAAUGCCGAGGGAAGACUUUGUAAUGUUACCAAUUAUUAUUAGAUGCGAAUGCAAUUUUUGUGCGAUUCGAUUACACGCAAAUUUCCCUUACAUUCUAUUUCUUUACAAAUUUUUACGAAAAACUUCCGUAACGUUCCACAAGUACAAAGGCUUGAAUUAAUAUUGCAAUACCAGAUAACUUUGCAUUAUUCUAUAAAAGAAAUUGAUUUGAGAAUUUUUAGGAUCAUCUAAACCAGUAAUUACAAAUUUUUAUUUCUAUGUCUAAAAGCUCGCUAUGUAUUUACUUGUUUUUAACGAUGAGAAUUUCAAAUGUGCGGAUUUGGCGUAAAAAUUUAUUCUUACAGAACUAAAAAUCAACUGACAAUGAGUAGUUGUAUCGCGACGAAUUUUCGCAAAAUAAGCGCAACGAACCAGGGAUGAAAAGAGUCGGGCGUUUUUAGACUACCAUGGGGCAGCGACGAACAAAAACGCGGAAGUAAAUGCGCGCCGGAUAAGAAUAAUAAAGGCAAACGGGAACUCAGGAUGCAAGUCGACCGCGUUCGCGAGUCUCCCGAUUCAAGCAACGGUGAACGCCGCUUGCCGCGAUCGUUACAUAGUAAUUGCGACAAGAAGUUGUCUCGAAAGAAAUCGCCGUGCUUGGUGGCGGGGUCCUUGCGAGAGGGAUGGAAAAGAAAUCCCUCGUCCGGAGGCGGCUCGUCGUUGUUACUUAUCUGGACCGGAAGUUUUCCUCGCGUUCUCAGCGAGCGCGGGAUCUUUUUUGCGAGGCGCGACUUCUAAUUUCGAUCGUCGGGACCACGACGCGAGUCGAGAGUUUCGCCAGCGGAUAAUUCGUUGCCGCGAGUCAAAUAGCAGCGAGACUAAUCCGCAAAAGUGUCCUCGUGGAACUAACGUUAACGUGGAGGAGCAUCUCGGAUCUUGUAUUCGAUCGCGAUGGUCGAAUACGCUCACUCGUUGCCGGAGAACGUUCUCAAUCGGCUUUGCCUGCACGAAACGUGCGUAUAUCCGCUCUUCAGGUAGAAUUCUAGUUUAGCUAAAGAUUUUCUCCUCGCAAGAUCGCGUAGGUAUUAGUGUGAACGUACUGUGUAUAUUAUAAGUCGCUUAUUCGGCGAGCAAUGGAAAUCCGGUUAUUAUCAAACGUUUCCGACAGACGCGAAUAUUAUCUGAAGAGCUGUCUCAGUGUGUGUUAGGGUUUUGGAGAAACAAGUCUACAAUGCUUUUGAAUAUACGCGUAAAUGAAUUUUCCAGUUAAAUGAACUAAAGAAAAAAAUAUGCGAAAGUAGGAUACGCCUAUACGACACAACUUGGGAUCAAAAAGCAAAAGACACAAGCGACAUUCCAUAUCUAACAACUUUUUUAGUAUUUCAUGUAGAAACAGAAAUUUCGAGUUUAUGCGUAACUGUUCUUGUGAGGCAAAUCGAGAUUUAUCCGCGUGAUCUUUAACUGAGUUGCGUUCUAUAUGUGUUCGAGUGCAGUAAAAGAAGAAAAAAUUGAUAUCGCGCGACUUUUAUAGUGGCAUGCUUGAAUUUUUCAGAUAUAAAGGGUAGUAAAAACCUUCGCAUGCUUUCGCGAUCAAACGCGCGCAAUUACUAUGCGAACUGAGCCCUUCACUAUGCGUACUUUGCUUCGCAGUAUGAAGAUUGUUUUAUAGAUAGCAGCAUGGAAUAUCGUAACGAUUCGGUUCGUAUUUCGUACGUAACGCUGUACGGAAGGAGAUAAGAUUAGAACAAUGUUCCAUGCGUAGCUGGCUCAAAUAGGUUCAUAGUUUAUGACACGCACGUCGAAUGCGAGAUUUUACUGACACGAUAAAUUCUUGAUUUAUAUCGCUCUUCGAUGGAUAUUUCUGGACGUGCCACCUCUUCUGUCUUUCUAACUUCAGAAAUAUACGUUGGAAUGAUUUUAUUGUUUCAUUAUCGCGGAAGUUUAAACGAAACUAUUACUUUUUUUACAAUUCUAAUUUCAAAGGCAUUUGUGAUUGCCCAUUUGAUAAUAAAUAGGCGCGAGAUAAAAGAGGCAGUUAAAUAUCAUUACAGAAUAGACAUUUAGACACGUGUACAUCGUUCAUACAUAAAUUUCGAGAGGCGUUUUUUCACGCUUCAAACGACCAGUCUUUUGCUCUCACUUGUAGUCCACUUGUAGCAAGUUCAGCAACUACGCUGAGCCACAUUUAGAACCGUCAGAUUCUCGCGAAAGAAGGUAAAUCCAGGUGAGAGUCUGGAAUACCGAGCAUCUCAGACAGUGAGAGAUAGUAACGAACUUCUCGCCCCGUUGGGAGUGCCAAAAGCUGCGUUUCUCAAUCGCAUCUUAUACCGCGCGAUAAAUCGCGGUUUUGUCUUUCUUUUUAAACAAAAUUGAAUUUUAAGAGAAUUGCGCGUUCGAGAUAAAAGAGAAUAGUACGUAUCUUGCCUCGCGCGUCAUGUUAAAAUAAUGCUUUUUAUUUACGCGAACAUAAAUAUCGUCUCUCGCUCUGUCUGUUUACUCUAUGAUACAUCUAACUUUUGACAUAUCGGGUUCGAUACGCGAUUACACAUAAUGCAAGCUUGACAGUUAUGUAGGUGCGAUUUUGCUUUGCCGUUCUUUAUUGUUUACAUUUUAAUUAUUUGCGCUCAAUGGCACAGACCGCUCAUUAUCUCGUUCAUUUAAUGCACACGCAAGUGAUGAUAUUAUUACUAUUUUAAUUUCCGCAACUGGUGCAUUGCAAUCAGUUUAGCAUGAUUUCUAAUAACCGAAAAUAUUUAACUUAUAUAACAAUCUUAUUUUCAAUCUUGUCUGGAUAAUAUUGAGAUCUAAUAUGUGACUUUCUAUAAUUUGAAAUGAAUUUUUUAAAGCUUUAAAUUAUUUACUGAAAUUUAGAAUUCGACGAAGAAAAAAUAAAAUUUUUCUGAAAUAACAUUAUUUAUGAUGUAUGAUAUUUUGGUUAAUGCGGAGAAUAAACCGCAUUUCUCAUAUUUUAUAGAUGGAACGCGUAGUCUGUUUUUUCAAAAGUUAUUAAAAUUUGCAAUAUCGUAUCCUGUAAAUUUCAUUUAUUUUUCAAUCUCUCUAACACGGGCUUUAUUCGAUAUUUUUUACAUCGGCGCGGAAAUACUGCGUAAAGGUUAAAUGUCGUUUCCAUUUUGUGUCUUUCAAUCACGAUAUGUUGUAUCAAUACGAGCGAUGGGUUAAUUCAACGCGCGGAACACGUAAAUAAUCGAUAUACGAUUAAUAUUUGCGACGUGUUUGCACUUUGGCAUCCAUUUUAACGGUCGAUACUCGCAUCGGCGCGGCGCAGCGCGGUGUGACGCACGUUACGUUUUUACGGACGACGAGCGUCGCUCGACGUCGCGAGCGUCGGCGUCGUGGUGUCAUUAUCUCUCGGAAAGUAAUUGCUGUUCGUUAAUGACGUCCUGUGCACCGUCCCGGCACAAAGGCGUCACUGGGAGGACGGGGUCCCGGCGACGUAAGGAGGACGAUUAUAUAUCGUAGAUCGUUCUUCUGGAAAUCGGAUAGGCGUAAUUAAUGAACUUCCGACGAAUUAAGGUGCGACGAAUUCAUUUCAAGCGGGAACAACGAACGCUAUAUCGACGGCGACACCCGCCGAGAAAACGACUCGUGUUUUUGGUGUCAUCCAUCUGUGGGAAUCGGAAAAUCGAUGCUUCUUUGUGACACAUCGGCGUAUUCUUACCUCACUCGCUCUCAUUUGAAAUAACCGUAUAAUAGAAGUAAUUUGAUGUAAAUUGCAAUGGCAAUGCGCGUUUUAAUUUCGGAUAUUGAACCAGAUAAACGUUAACAAAUAUAGAAUUCAGAGGCAUCGACAAAUAAUUUCUUUUGCCAAUGGAAAAUUCAAAAUAAUUCCCCUGGAUAAUUAAUGAAUCGGAUAUACUGUCCGAUGUGGAUAUUAAGAUCAAAUAUCCAAGUGCAUAUAUUUGUAAUUUAUAUUAUUUUAAAUAACGAGAGCGUGACCGUUAUUGAGCAACUCUCUCGAAUCGUAAAAUACCCCUGCUAAUGCGAUUAAUGUAUCGGAUUAUAUCCUCCCUUUGUGAUUUAUGCAUUUCGUGGUGAUACGAUUAAAAGUUUUGCGAUGCAACUAGGAAAGGAUUUACAAACCGCCACCCGGAAUUAAUAUCGGUUUUCGAUUCCCGGCUAUCAUCCAUUUGCGAUCGUAGCGAGAGAUCAAUGUUACUCUAGACUUCAACCUGUUCGCGUGCGCUCGCAAACGCGACGCACGCGGCAUCGUACAUUAAUAAAAGGUGAUAAUAACGUAUUAAACUAAGUGGACCAACGUCUCAAAGCCACAUAUGGAAAUUCUAAAAAGGGUCGUAGCAUAGGGAGACCCGCUUGAAAGUGUUAUAAGUGCAUCGCGUUAACCAAUCGGCCGAUCGAUCGUCCCUUGUUAAUCCCCUUCGCGAAGAGCCAUUUACACGAUCGAAGCGAUGACGUGUGAAAAAGUGACGAUUGUCGAGGUGUCGGAGAUUAUGUCACAAUGGAUUUUAUCUCGAUUCGCAACACUCGUGACAAGUCUCGAGGGAAUUUCACGGUGCCUCUCAACAAGUGAUAUUUACAACCCUUUCGGAAAAAAAUAUUCAACGGAAGGAUUCCUGUUCCGUGGCAGAGCCAGGUCACCGAUUGUUUAAUAUGCGCGCGAGGAACGACAGCCGGAAUUAUACGCGGAGCUGGAAUACAAAUAUCGAUCAAACGCGAUAAAAAUUGAAAGCCUACGAGGGAAAACCAGGAAAAAUCAUUUCGGAACGUUGCAGAAAAGAUCGUAACAGCGAUUGGCAUGUAUGCGACAUAGUAAUCUGUACAUUUCAAUAUCAUCACGAUGCGGAGAUCAAUUAGUAUGCUGCUAACUAUUUGGAUACUCAUCGUGUUAGAUCUACUGGUCAAUGUUUCAGCGCAAACGACCUGCAACGGUGGUUUGGGUAGGGUGGUUUACGAGAGACUUCCGGAUCAGCAACUUCAGGGUUUCGACGACGAUGUGGUGCGAGACUCGGCGCCUCCGUUUAGAGUUUUGGAAAAGUGUCAAGAGCUCUGUCUGCGCGACAGAACGGCGACGAACAAUCUGGUCCGCGCCUGUACGAGCUUCGACUUCCAGCCUGGCAGUAGAAUUGCGUCCUUCAGCGGCGCUGCCGAGUACGAGGAGAGUACUUGCUAUUUAACGAGGGAACAGGCUCAGCCGGAGGGCAUCGGAAAUCUCAUGCUCGUACCGAACAGCGUGCACUUCACUGAAGUGUGCCUAGCGUCCGACAGAAUAGAAAGGGAAUGUCCAAACCGUCGUUACGUGUUUGAGAGGCAUCCGAGGAAAAAGUUGAAGCUACCCUUGACAGACAUUAAAGAAGUCAGCGCCGCUAACAGAACCGACUGCGAGGACAGAUGUCUCAACGAGUUCAGUUUCGUCUGCCGAUCGGCGACAUACGACACUGCCCUAAGGAGCUGUUCUCUCAGUCGUUUCACCAGAAGAACUCAUCCCGAAUUACUGGAGGACGAUCCAAAUUCUGAUUAUCUGGAAAAUACCUGCCUUAAUGCCGAAAGACGAUGCGACGGCCUCGCAGUAUUUGUCAAAGAAGAGAACAAACGUUUACGCGGCCCGUUUGAAGUCGAUAUAUACACGAAUCUCACUUUGGACGAAUGUCAGGCGCUAUGUCUCAGAGCGGAGAAAUAUUUUUGUCGCAGCGUCGAGUUUGACGAGCAAACUCGACAGUGCGUCAUAUCCGAGGAAGAUUCCGUUUCACAAAAGGACGAUAUUGGAGUUAGUAGCAGCCCAAGCCAUCACUUUUACGAUUUGGUGUGUUUAGAUAAUCAUCCGUCCGUAGCGCGCGGCUCCGAAUACCCGGACAGCAGCUCGUCGUCGCACCUCUUCUCCGACGGUCGUCGUCCGGACACGGCCUUCCAGCGUUAUCGGAACUCGCGUCUGAGCGGCGAGUUUCAUUCAGAGAUCACCGGACGCAGCCUCAGCGAGUGCCUGGACGAGUGCCUCCGGCAGACGAGCUUUCAGUGCCGUAGCGCCGUUUACUCCGAGCAUUAUCAUACCUGCCGAUUGAGCCGGUUCAAUCAGAGGGACGGUAACCGGAUUAUCUACGAUGCCGAUUACGACUAUUACGAGAAUCUCAUGCAUCAAUAUCUAGACGGCGAUCGCGAUGGCCCUGGAUACAGACCCGAUCCUCUGGGACAAGACACAAACUUUGGACGACCCUCUUUAGGAAGACCCGGAUACCCGGACGACUACGACAAAGGAUACUCCAGUAGCGUCAAACCGGAUCGCUAUCCCGAUCGUAUGCCAGAUCGGUAUCCCGAUCGCUAUCCAGAUCGUUAUCCCGACCGUUAUCCAGACCGAUAUCCCGAUCGUCGUCCCUUAGACGAUAGAUACCCGGACAACAGAUAUCCUUUAGGCGAGUCCGACAACUAUCCCGAUCGAUAUCCUGUUGGUGAUCGAUAUCCUGAUAGAUAUCCUGCUGGAGAUAGAUACCCCGCUGGAGAUAGAUACCCCGCUGGAGAUAGAUAUCCCGCUGGAGAUAGAUAUCCCGCUGGAGAUAGAUAUCCCGCUGGAGAUAGGUAUCCCGUUGGAGAUAGAUAUCCCGUUGGAGAUAGAUAUCCCGCAGGAGAUCGUUAUCCCGCAGGAGAUCGUUAUCCCAUAGGAGAUCGUUAUCCCACGGGAGACCGUUAUCCUUCCUCUGAUCGUUACCCAGUUGGAGACCGUUAUCCGGAUCGAUAUCCCAUAUCCGAUCGAUAUCCUGUUAGAGGAGGAGACCGCCGUCCUGUUAGCGUCAAUAGAUAUCCAGAUGCCGGAACUUUGGGGAGAUAUCCCACGAAUGACCGAUAUCCCGUAAUACAUGGGGUCCGACUGAUUCCAAGCCGAUAUCCUACUGACAUGAUUGAUCGAUAUCCCAAUACAAUCGAUCGGUAUCCUCUCCCGGAAGACCCGAUGGACCGAUAUCCUAUGACAUUAGGUGACAGAACUCCUAUCGAUCGAUAUCCAGCUACUGGAAGAUAUCCAGACAAGGACCCUUAUGCUAACCGCAGGUAUCCGCCGCCAGGAAUGUUCUCGCACGGAUUCGUCGAUGACGUUCGCGGUCCCCAGGGCCAGGGUCCCGAGUCGCGACCUCCUUACGGCGCGGGCGGUGGGCCUUAUGGUCCGGCGCGACCCCCCGUUGGAGGGUACGGAGGGUACGGCGACGGCGGUGGUAUCGUCGGUGGUGGAUACAUAGGCGAAGGCGGCGUCUACAACUCUCGUCCAUUUGGAACUGCCGGCGGGCCUAUCAUAGGCAGACCUCCGUUAGUGUCUAGGUGCGACGAGCAGGAUAAUUUCAGACAAGUCGGGACACACACCAGAGUGCGAAAGCCGUUCGUCAGACGGUACACCACCGCCUCGUCGUUGGCUCAAUGCGAGAGAGAAUGUGCCGACGCUAGAGACUUCGUUUGCAGGUCCUUCAAUUACCGGCCGUACGCCGCGCCUUACGGGGCCGAGAGGGACAACUGUGAGCUCAGCGACCGGGACUCCAGAGACAUGGACAUGGGCAAUCCGGUUUAUUACGACUCGGGCUCCGAUUACGAUUUCUACGAGAGGAACAACGGGCGCCAGGGCGCAGACGGAGAAUGUCUGGACGUGAGUCAAGUCUGUAGCGAGGACGGGAUGGAGUUUACACUAAGGACGCCGGAGGGAUUCAUCGGGCGAAUUUACACGUACGGGUACUACGACCGGUGCUUCUUCCGCGGAAGCGGCGGCACCGUGAACGUGCUCCGUAUCAGCGGACCUCAGGGAUACCCCGAGUGCGGCACACAACGAUACGGCGAUACGAUGACAAAUAUCGUGGUGGUGCAAUUUUCGGAUUACGUGCAAACCGGACGGGACAAACGAUUCAACCUGACGUGCAUGUUUCGGGGGCCUGGCGAAGCUGUCGUCACAUCCGGCUACAUCGGUGCCGGGUAUGCCAGAUCAGGGUCUCCCAUCCCUAUUGAAUAUCUCCCAGCGGAAAACACCUUGAGCUCCAGAGUACGCUUGAUGAUUCUCUAUCAGGGUAGACCUACGACGACCAUCGCUGUUGGUGACCCUCUCACAUUCAGACUCGAAGCUCAGGAUGGGUACAAUUACGUAACGGAUAUAUUUGCUACCAACGUUAUCGCAAGAGAUCCUUACUCUGGUAGAAGUGUUCAACUGAUAGACAGAUAUGGCUGUCCGGUGGACAACUACGUGUUUCCGGGUUUGGAUCGCCUCCGCGACGGCGAUAGCCUCGAGGCCCGCUUCAACGCCUUCAAAAUACCUGAAUCAAAUUUCCUGGUGUUCGAGGCGAACGUAAGAACGUGCCGCGAUGGCUGCCAACCGGCGUACUGCUCCGGCGGUACCGGCAGGAGCGAGCCGUCUUUCGGCAGGCGGCGAAGGGACGUAAAUAACGACACGGUAGCGGACGAGGACGAGAUGUCGCCGAUAACGGUGACGGACGGUGACUCGAACAACGUGUCGACGACGAUUUUCAACGCGACCGACCCUGCGAACGACGACAUGGAUAACGAAGAGGAGGAAGAACAUGUCAGGGAAAUGAUAGAGGUUCUCGACUCGAGAAUGGACAUUGAGGAAGACACCGUCGUCGAGAAGCAAACCAAGAUCUUGGAAAAUAUUUGUAUAACGCAAAAUGAAUACUAUGGCUUGGUUACCGCAGUGGGUAUCCUCGUCGUGCUCUUAGCCUCCGUCGUUCUCUUGUCUAUGCUCGUUUAUAGAAAAUACGUUUAUUCCGUGAUCAUGAAAAAUCGUAGACUCGACAACAAAACCUGCAAUCGCAGCAGCCAUUCCGACGAGCCUUACAACAGCCGAGUUAACAACUUUUCUUUCAUGAGGGCAGGUCUUCAGAAACCAUUCCAGGCUUCAUCGAUCUCGAGAUCAAUGAGCAAUGCUAUCAGCCAACGUCUCGCCUCGUCGUCCACCGCUCUGGAGGGUGCUGUAGGAUUGUCCAGUGGUCGACGUGGCGGUUUCGAUCCGAGCGAGCCGAUCUACACCGAUCCUUCGCUUUUCGAGGUCACCCGUUGCUCGAAUACUGCGAAAUCGGCUCUCAGCGACAACUUUCAUCUUAUGUAGAAGAAAUUCGCGGAGAGAUUGAACCCGAAAUUGCGUUACGCGAACGAUCCCCGCUCUAUUUAUUUAUACCUUAAUGAGAGUAUACGAAAGCGACUAACGACAACCAAUCCAUGACAAAUCAGCAUCCAAUAUGAUCUAUUCUGUCACUAGUCAAUAACCCACUGCCAGUCCCUCUGCUAAUGACUGUCAAGCAUUUAAAUCCUUCAAAUGGAUUCCGAAUAAUCUAGAUUGACUUUUAGUAUAUCGUCGAAGAUUACCUAAAUUAGAAUUUACGUUUAUAUAAUACUACAAUAUUACUAACAAUCGAGAAGUUAAAGAUAUUGCUUUAUAAAAAUAUUUCCUAAAGAUGCUUCAGAAGUAGCAUUUAUUGUUUCUCUCAAACAAACAUUCCAAAAUGACUGCAAAAUAGCUUUUAAUAUAAUAUAGAAAUUUAAGUUUCGAAUAAUCAAGAGUAUUUUAAGACGCAAAGAAAACUCGUGGUGGCAUACUUAAUUCCAACGAUAAUAUGAUAAAAUGAUAAAUUUACUGUACACUUCUUACAGAAUCUAUUUUUUUAUCUUUUACAUGUUUCUUUUAAAUUGGAAGACAUAGAGUUGUCUGUGCGCUUAUAAUUUUACCAAAAAUGACUGAUCCAAACAUACAAAUAGUACGAAUAAUGUAUGAACAUCGAAACGCUUUUUUUUUAUAUUACUCUCAUCAUUUAUCAACUCUUCGUCGCAUCUGCAUUUGUCAAAAGUCACAACUUCGCAACAUUCGUCACGAAUAAUAUCGCCUAACGCAAUAAUUAUUAAUUACUAGCAAGUAAAAUUAUCAGAAGGUUUAUAUUUAUUAUGAUAUCUUGAUUUUACAUUUAUGAGAAAUAAAAAUUGGUAUUAUAUAGAGACACAACCACGUUUGCAUUUUUCACAUAACUAACUGAUUUAUCUUGCUUACAAGCACCAGCGCAUCAACAUCU